CGCAGGAAGCGCGUCAUUGGAGCUGCUGUAGGUGUAGCCAUGGUUCUAAUACUGUUGGUGGCCAUUCCCCUGCUGGUCCACACUACCAAAGGAGGGAACUCCGGAAAUACGGGGAGCCAUUAUGAAAUGCUUGGGAGCUGCAGGAUGGUAUGUGACCCCUAUGCCACAUCUCAGCCUGGCCAGGAGCUGACAGCCGUGUCUCCACCACCCAAGGAUUACUCUGGGAAGAAGCUGAAGUCUGGGCUCCGUGGGCCUCCAGGGAUCCCUGGCCCUCAAGGACCACGUGGACCUCCUGGAGAGCCAGGCAAACCAGGACCACAGGGGCCCCAAGGUCCAGGUCCUGGUGGCUAUUCUCCCUCACUCUACACUCCCAAAAUUGCCUUUUACGCAGGGCUACGCAAGCCGCAUGAGGGGAGUGAAAUACUGAAGUUUGAUGACGUGGUGACCAAUGUAGGUAACUACUAUGAGCCCAGCACCGGAAAAUUCACCUGUCCUCUGCCUGGCAUCUACUUCUUCACCUACCAUGUUCUAAUGAGAGGUGGUGACGGGACCAGCAUGUGGGCAGACCUAAAGAAGAACGGACUGGUGAGAGCCAGCGCCAUCGCUCAGGAUGCUGAUCAGAAUUACGACUACGCCUCCAACAGUGUGAUCCUGCAUUUGGACGUGGGUGAUGAGGUGUGUGUGCAGCUGGACGGAGGCAAGGUCCACGGAGGGAACACAAACAAGUACAGCACCUUCUCCGGCUUCCUCAUCUACCCAGACUGA